AUGACUCGCUCCAUACCCGAAAGAUAUCGCAAUCUUGACCCCAAUCCUGCUGGAGAUAUUGACAGAGGAUCACCUCCUCUACCUGCACCUACUACACGAGUCCUGCGCUCCCAAACCAAGACCACACGACGGGUUGUAUCACCCGCACAUGCUGCCUAUAUACAGUCCGGAAUUGGCAAAGGCAAGAAGACAACAAAACGCCGUAAGAGUCUCGAUCCCUGGUAUCCCAAACGCAAAGUCAAUAAAAACCCAGAGCCUCGUGCUCCACCACCAAAACACUUCACAUGCCGUAUAUGCAUCUCGCACCUCCCCAGCUCGGACUUUGUACGCUGGGUCACUAGUAGUCGCGCAAGGUUUCGUACACGACUUGACGCACCAGUCUCCUGCAUCCCUCAUCUCGCCCGGAACCCAUCCCGUCGACACAUCGAUCCAGUCUGCAAGGCGUGCGUAGGAUCCUUCAUGGCAGCACGGCUCGAAACCCUCGGCGUGCGCCAAGUAAGCAUUGGGUGCCUGGAGCUCGGCUGCACGACCGCCUGGCCUUUGGACCUCGUAGUCCAGUACCUCCCGCGAGACAAACUGGAAGCGUUCAACCUCGCCACUUUCGACCUGUGGCGCGCCGACGCAGAGCUCUUCACGUGUUUAUCUCCCUCGUGCACUGCUGCCGGAUUCAUCGAUGCUUCCGCCCCAGGCUACCCACAGGUGCAAUGCAGCGAAUGUCGCUUCCGCUCCUGUGCAGCAUGCGCGACGCCCUGGCACACAGAGCAGACCUGCGCCGAGGUAUCGGCCGCCGCUGUGGACGCGCAGAUGAGCGAUCCCGAGAAGGAAACGCUGCAGCUCAUGCAGUCCAAAGAUGGCAAACGCUGUCCCAACUGCCACUUGGUCGUCGAGAAGGACGGUGGCUGUCCGUCUAUGUUUUGUCCCUCCUGCAAGAAGUACUUCAACUGGGACACUGCUGCGAGUGCUGUGCCGGGGACAAAGAAAGCCCGGCCGGUGCUGAGUGGACGCGGGUAUUGGCAGACGCCAGGAACGGUGGUGUGCGAAGUAGAUAGAUUGGAGGGGAAGGUGACGGACGUUGCGGACGCAGUAAUGGGUGAAGGCGCCUUGGAGAAUUUUGAUCGCUUUCUGAUGGAUCCGCCGCUGGGAAGGAUUGAGGCGGAUGGAUGGGGGCAUCUCCCACUACCUGAUGAAGAUGAUGCGGAUUUAUGA